AACAAAAAGACCACAAAGAUACCACAGAGUCAACCACAGGCACAAGGAGGGCGAAGAAAGAGCGUUAUAGUUUUGGAAAAGAAGACCCUGACAAAACAAAACGAUCACAACUUCUUGUAUUUUUAAUGAAGCUAACAUGCAGGUUUUUGGAAUGUGGGAGAAUGUGGGAAAAAUCGGAGUACCCGGAGAACAACCACAUGGGCAUGGAGACAAUCUCCACAAGCUGAUGCCAAGGCAUAGAUUCGAACCAACAUACUUUUCCAACAAAGGCUGCAUGCUAAAAAAAAAAUAAUCAAACUAUAUGGGGGUCACUUAGACCUGCUUUUUAUAUAUUUUGUAGUAAAACUACAUUACAUAUAUAUCAUCAUUACAUGUAUAUCAUCAGAUGUAGCCACAAAAUCAGCAAGUUAACAACACUCACUCAUGGUCUUGCAGUACCUUCAAUGUUGACUCAUUAUAGCCUCUAGUGGUAGAAAAUGGUAUUACAAGGCCUCAUAAAUUGGCUGAAAUAAUAAUUAUAAUAAUAAAUUCUACAAAGGGGCUGCACGUGGUCGAUUGGUUAGCGCAGACCUCACGCUCACGUUCAAUUCCACCCUCGGCCAUCUCUGUGUGGAGUUUGCAUGUUCUCCCCGUGCAUGCGUGGGUUUUCUCCGGGUACUCCGGUUUCCUCCCACAUUCCAAAAACAUGCUCGGUUAAUUGGCGACUCCAAAUUGUCCAUAGGUAUGAAUGUGAGUGUGAAUGGUUGUUUGUCUAUAUGUGCCCUGUGAUUGGCUGGCCACCAGUCCAGGGUGUAAGACAGCUGGGAUCGGCUCCAGCACCCCCGCAACCCUCAUGAGGAUAAGCGGUAGAUAAUGAAUGAAAGACUUUUACCAAGAUCCAAAAAUAAAUGAAAACGACAACUUUGUUUGUUUUUUUUUACAAAUUGUCACAAAUUGUUUAAUUUGUGUCAAGCUAGUCAUUUUAAAUAUUUGGGGGAUAAUAAUGAGGUUACAGCAUGGAGGUUGUUCACUUCCUGCCACCACAGCAGCGUGUUUGUGUGUCAUACAAAAGUCGUACAAAGACGUGACAUUCGGAUCAGUGAGCUCAUCCUCCAACACUUUGUAGUGCGCCACAUCGAUGCAGGACGCGCUUGCAGCAUAUGCCCUGCAAUGUGCAAUGCUCUUUUUUUUACGUUUUAGUGGGGGGUUGGUUGGGCGGGGCCCACAUGACAAGCAGACCCCCUGUGCUGCACAGACGCCGUCACUUGAAAAUGGAUCAGCGGUGGAUUUACAUUCUGGCAAUGCUGUUGUUUGAUCACGGAUUAGCCGAAGGAGCAGGUAUCGUAUUCAAGGUCAAAGAAGGGGAGCCGCGUGAAAUAAAGUGCAAACCCUCCGAGUCGGGCUCCAUGAUCAUCUGGUUUCGAGUACGGGACACAUCAGGCGUGGACUUCAUCGCGUCUUUCUCCAACCAAGGCAUGAUAAAGAAAGAAGGCGUUUCUUAUUCGUCCAUUUUCAGUGCUAGUAAAAUGUCCGAGAACAUCAUGACCAUAACGUCCUUCAGUCAAGGUCGUGACAGCGGCCUAUACGGCUGCGCGUCUCUUAAAGGCACCCAACUGAUUUUUGGUGACGUGACCCGACUGGUGGGGGGUGAGUUUUUCACUAAAAUGAUUCCAACUGAUGGGACAUUUUUGAAUUUUUUUUUCUUUUCUGUAGAAAAAACAGAGGUGGCUUCAAAAGCACCCUUGGCCCCCACCCUCACCGCAAAGCCCCCCGUGACCUCCUUGCCCUGCGUUUGUGAGACAAUUACCAGAAAAGGCCACGACCUGCCUUGCAAUCCCAUCGUACUCAUUCCACUGGCAGGCGGCUGCGGCCUUCUUCUCCUUAUCCUCCUCAUCGUCAUCGUCUACUGCAACCAAGUCAGGACACGCAGAUGCCCACAUCAUUACAAGAGGAGGCCGCGGAAGGUGGCAACAACAACAACAACAACAACAACAACGGCACAAUUGAUAACUGGAUGAAAUUCAAUUUAAUUCAAACUGGAAACGGAUGCAAAUUGUCAUUGAGGUUUAUUUAUUUCAUUAGCAGGAUGAAUGUUGACAAUUGUACACUGAUGUGGGAUUAUUUGUUUAGAGUCUAUAAAUGUAUUUUUUAUUUUAUAUUAGUAAUCUGUGUGCAUUUUUGUCAUUGACUUUAAACAUUGCUUUACACUUGUGUAGAUUUUUUAUUAUAAUUAUAUAAGCUUAUUGCUCCAUAGCCUGUUUUUCUACAAAUACUUACAAUACUAAGUAUACUUAAAUACUUAGUAUUGAUUUUUUUUUAAAUAUUACAUUUUAUCAGAAUGUAAAAUGAAAAAAAAAAUACCCAAAAGCAGUGAAAUUAAUUUGUCUUUAUUUAUAUGUUCACUUUCUGAAUCGAACACAUCAAACCCGCUCAUUUGCGUUCCCCAUCAGUCAUUCAGGAUGUUGGCUAAAAUGGUAGAAAAACAUUCUAAAGUUUUAGCAAAAUAAAUGUUGUUGUCGCGAAGCCCCCCUGCCCUUCCAAGUCAACAGGAAGUGGGCUGCUACACCUUUUUUUGCAGCGUGAAAAACCACCAAGUCAGGAACUUUCUUGUUCCUGUUCAGGUGUGACACACACACACGCACGUACGUACGUAUGCACACGUACAGAUCCCCUGCACCUUUAAGAAAAAAAGUGUUCCCAUGCUUUCCCAUCAUAUUCAUAUUCAUGUUUGAAUCAUUUUUUAGGCACAAGCGGUGAGGCACGUCUGCUUAUUUUUAUUCCACUUUUCAUUCAUUUGGUAUUAGUAGUAAAAUAUCUCCCAUCUUUUGAUGCACACCAACACACACACACAAUCCAUAGGGGAAAUAAUAAAGUCUUUGUAUUUACUUUACACAUCCAAAGCCCUUUCCAAGUCAUACAGUGUUGAAUCUUUUUUUUUGUGUGUGUUUUUUUAUUUUUUUAUUUUUACAGUUUGUCGUAAACACAACAUUGGUUUACUAAGUGCAAUUGUACUUCUUACAAAAAUAUAUACCAAACCAAAAACCCUCCUGAUGACAGAUAUUUUUUCUAAAUGGCAUUUGCAAGAAAAGUUGAAAGAUGGUGUCUCAAAAAAAAAAAGAAAAAAAAAAGUGAACAAAGCUGUACACUAGUGUAUUCAUGGCACAUGAUGGAAAAGUCAUUACCGUAUUUUCCGGACUAUAAGUCGCACAUUUUUUCCCCCAAAAAACUGUUUAUGUUACAUAAACACUGGACACCAUUUCUGUUUAUGUUUAUAUUUCAUGUAGCUGAAUAAGCAUUGUGUUAGCAUAUCUUACACCUAUUCAGCCUGUUCUCUAUUUUUUUAUUGUUAGAACUUGCCUUCCAAGAGGACGUAAUGUCUGUUUUGGUCAAGUAGUUUGGAAAAUAAAGACUUUUUUUCUAC